UGAUCUAAUCUAACAAUUUAUCUUUAUAAGAUUAAUCACCUGUUUUUCCAACAUACUGUUAAGUUGAGUGCAUGUACAUUUAUUAAUUAUACAACUAAUCAAACUAAAUCAAAGCACUUGUGCUAUUAAUUCACUGUUAGUGCUGGAAAGUAACGAAGUAACCAUGUACAUGUACAUUUGUCUAAGUAUACUUAAGUACAGGUACUUCCCAUUUUAUGCUACUGCCACUACCUUUCAGAGGUAAACAUUGUUCUCUACUACGUUUAUUUGUAGUUGUUAUAUUUUACAUCACAAAUUUACAUAGUAAACAUGCAAAAAUGUUUGUUGUGAAUCAGUUAAAAGUAGCACCAACUUGACCAAAAACAAUCUAAUGCUUCACAUGAAAUCAUCAGUAAUAAUAAUUAAAAGAAAUCAAGAAAAAAUAAGUGAAAAGUUAUGCAAAAGAUUGGCCCUAGUGUGUAUGCAUUCAGUAAACAUUCAGUAUAAUAAUACAUGUUUGAUUCUGAAAAUAUAUUUGAUUCUGAAAAUAUUGUUAUAUAUAUAUAUACAGGACCUCAAGUUCUACAAUAUGGCAUAGUCUUCUUCCACUUCUAUUAAAUUUACUGGUGAUGAGAAUAGUGGGUUGUAUUACUUAACAUACUAAACACAUAAGAAAUGUUUGUUAUUAAUCAGUUCAAAUUAGCACCACCAUUAAUAAUAAUAGAUAAAAAAUAAAAUAAAUAAAAUGGUGUAUAUAUAUAUAUGCACAUGAAAGCAUCAGUAAUAACAAUAAUAAUAAUAAUGUAAGACUUUUUGCAUAACUUUAUACUUAUUUUUUUCCACUAAUACUUCUGUACUUUUACUUGAAUACAAAUGUAAAAACAGGACCUCAAGUUCUACAAUGUGGUAUUGCUUAUUUAACUAAAUAAAGGGUAUUUUUCCACCCCUAUUAAAUUUACUGGUGAUGAGAAUUGUGGGUUAUUCUCUGUGUGUCCAAUUUACAACUUAAACAUGAUGUAAUAUUAGUUUACAAAAGGGAAACAGCUUUUUUCUAUUUGCAGAGUCUGGAGGUGAAAGGCAGAUUUACAAAUCAUCUGUACUGCCUCUUUGACGGUGAAAGUAGUUUACUAGUCCGUGAAGUAACUCAACAUCCGGUCCGCGUCUCCUCAACUUCCUCUGAAAACAACACCACGUGUGUGUGUGUGAGGUGAAUGAAUGAGUAGCUGUCAGCAGCUGAACCUCAUGCUCACAUUCAACAGCAUUAUAAGAACACAACUUACCGUUUAACGACCAACGUUUGAACCUCAGAAAGAACUCCUGGAUACGACUGACGGUGCUUACCAUGAGUUUUGUGGAGUACUCCGACUUCAUUCAGGACGGGGACGUCGCCAUCGUCUACCUGGGCCAUGAAUCCAUGAUGCCAGUCAAGGUGCAGCAGGGCGCCCAAACGCAGACGCGCUACGGAGUCAUCCGCCACUCCACAGACCUGAUCGGUCAGCGCUAUGGGUCGAAGGUCACCUGCAGCAAAGGCGGGUGGCUGUACGUGCUUCACCCCACGCCCGAGCUGUGGACGGUCACCCUGCCACACCGCACGCAGAUCCUCUACACCACCGACAUCGCCACCAUCACCAUGCUGCUGGAGCUGAAGCCAGGGUCCGUCGUCUGCGAGUCAGGGACCGGUAGCGGCUCCCUCUCCCACGCCAUCCUGCGCACCAUCGCCCCGACGGGUCACCUGCACACGGUGGAGUUCCACCAGCAGCGGGCGGAGAAGGUGGAGGAGGAGUUCAAGGAGCACCGCGUGGAUCACCUGGUCACCGUCAGGAACCAGGACGUGUGCAAGGACGGCUUCGGGGUGACCGCGGUGGCGGACGCCGUCUUCCUGGACAUCCCCAGCCCCUGGGAGGCUGUGAAACACGCCAAGGCUUCUCUCAAGAAACAAGGAGGUCGGGUGUGUUCGUUCUCUCCGUGUAUCGAGCAGGUCCAGAAGACGUGCCUGGCGUUGGUGGAUCAGGGUUUCGAGGAGAUCAGCACCGUGGAGGUCCUGCUGAGAGUCCACGACGUGCGAACCACCUACUUUCCGCUUCCCGACUUUGGCCCCGACCCCUCCGCUCAGCCCGACGACGCCGCAGAGAAAACGCCUCCAGCCCAGGCCUCCGUCACCAUGAAGAUCACCGUCCCACCCAGAGACAUACCAGGUCACACUGGGUACCUCACCUUUGCUACCAAACCCAGAACCUAAAGUGAUUUUUUCUUCAUUUCCACCAGCAGCGAACAGGAUGGGGUGUAUAAUCCGUUGGCUGCGGUGUACAUUAAUAAGACUGUGAUAAUCCAGCGGGGGCACCAGGCUCCUCCAGGUCCCGGCUGGCGCUGCAGCGCCAAGAGGAUUUACACUUUUGUGUUACAUAAUAUUAUCCUCCUGUCUCUUGGCACCGGUUUGUUGCUUGCAUCAAGCAAGAGUGAAAAUCAAGUCGACGGUGAUUUAAUUUGAGAAGAAUGUACUAUACUACACUCUAUACUACACUUUACGUCUCCUCUUUUAUAUAAAUUACUUUUAAUCAAUUCUUUCAGUCGUUGGGGGAAGAAACGUUUUUAUAUUUUCCCUUUUGUUUUGCACUUUUGUAUUCAAGCAAAUACAAUAAAUGUGUGAAAAGAUUCCCCAAAA